CGGAAACGAGGUGGGGGUUUCUGCCGACUCGAAACCCCGGACCCAACCGGCCUUUUCCCCCUCUUUCUGUACAAACCAUGACGCAGAAGCAACGUUCGUCCGCCCCGUCCUGCGACCCGCCUUGCCCGGGUCAGGCGAUCCGCGCGCCUCCCGUCUCGUCUCAUGCGUUAUCCGUUGUUGCUUGGUCCCGAAACUCCUUCCGACCCCCCUACCAAUCGCCCUCGUCUUACCCACGCGUUUCUUCCCGUCGUUCUCGGCUCUCCUCUGGGUUCUCGUCCCCCAUGUUUCACAGACUGGUCUCCCCCGUUGUUCGGCUACUGCUCCUGCUCGGCCUCCUGUCACUGUCGCGUCUCCCGAGCGCCUUCGGCGCUCAAUACCCCUCGGAUAGUGGAAGUUCUUUAGGCAGCGGCUUCCCUCCAGGUAAAAAUGGCCGUGGAAGCGACGGUUCUUCUGACAGCGGAAAUGGAGAAGGUCCAGGCGACCUGACGCCCCCCGCGCUCCUCGACCGCCACAAACCCACGGCAACGAGACAGAAUUUCACCGAUGCCGCAAGCGAUCUCUUGGAUUGCGUAGAGCAGCUCGCGUGGAUGCUUCAACAUCCUGAGCUCUCACGAGUGCACUUGGUCGCUUGUCUUCUUGACAUGCCCGGCGACACCACUGUGCCGACGGCCUUGGAGAAGGCUGGAGGCAAGUCUGCUGAUCUACGCAAGGACAUGCACAACCUUCUCAUUCGCAUGCCUCAGAGUGUGACUCCGCUCUCCUACGGCGAGGCCCGAUCACGCUCUGAGCUAAAGCGAGUCAUCAUCGACGCGUACAACGAAGCCCAGUCGCGUGGACAUCGCCUCGUUGGUGUCCAUGAUCUCGUCACUGCUCUUGCGCGCUGCGACCGCUUUCGUGCUCGCUUGGCCAAUGUCGGCACAGACGUCUCGGUCUUCCUCAAAUUAGUGACCAGCGCCUUCAUCGUCCACACUGAAGCCGAAGAGCGGAAAGCCACUCCGGCGCGCACAGGAAGCCAAGAGUGGAUCAAAACCUUUGGCGUGGACAUGACUGAACAGGCGAAAGAGGGCAAAAUUGGAACUGUCACCGGGAGAGAAGCGGAGAUCGAACAGAUCACCUCGGUUAUGAGUCGCAUGAGCAAAGCGAACUGCUUGUUGAUUGGUGAACCGGGUGUGGGGAAGACGGCUGUCGUGGAAGGCCUGGCGAAGCGUAUUGUCGAUGGGGACGUUCCGGACGCGCUUCUCGGAGUCCAAGUCUUCUCGCUGGACGUCGGAUCUCUUCUCUCAGGUUCCUCGAUGCGCGGGGAAUUCGAGCGUCGCAUGAAGGGCAUUCUCGAUUACCUCUUCGCCAGCGACAGAUCAACGAUCCUUUUCAUCGAUGAAAUCCACACGCUCAUGGGAGCUGGAAAAGCAGACGGACCCAUGGACGCCGCAAACUUGCUCAAGCCUGCACUCGCCAGGGGGGCUUUGAGAGUGAUUGGUGCGACAACGCGGGCAGAGUAUCGCAAGCAUAUCGAGAGGGACAUGGCGUUUGCUCGUCGGUUCGUCACGAUUGAGAUGAAGGAGCCCGAUGUCGCGAAAACCAUCACCAUGCUUAAGGGCAUCCGAAAAAACCUAGAGAACCACCACAAACUCACCAUUACCGACGGCGCCUUGGUUGCCGCCGCCACGCUCUCAGAUCGCUACAUCAAGAGCCGUCAACUUCCAGAUAAAGCCAUCGACCUGAUCGAUGACGCCUGCGCCAUCAAGAAAGUAAAGUCUCUGAGGCGCCUGAUGAACGAACGCGCAGCGAACGAGGAGAAAAAUGACAACGGCGGAAGCGGCGACGCAUCAAGUUCCGCGAACGGCGAUGGAGAGAAAAAGCGCGACGACUUGGAAAAGCUCGAGGCAGAAAUUGCAAAAGAGGCCGAAGACGCUGACGCGCUGACGGAUGCAGACGUGGCUGAUGUCGUCAGCUUGAGAACGGGCAUUCCGGUGAAUAAAUUGACAGAAACCGAUCGACAGCGCCUUCUCAGCCUUCCAGCAAGCCUCCAAGCGCAAGUUAUCGGACAAGAAGAAGCCGUGGAGGCAGUGGCAAAUGCCAUCAUUCGCUCCCGAGCUGGUCUCGCUCGACGCAAUGCUCCCAUUGGCACUUUCCUCUUCCUCGGAUCCACAGGUGUCGGAAAGACGGAGCUUGCCAAGGCGCUAACUGCGGCGAUUUUCCACGACGAGAAAAACUUGAUUCGACUGGACAUGUCGGAAUACUCCGAGCCCCACACUGUGGCGCGCCUCGUCGGAAGUCCCCCCGGCUACGUGAGCCACGACGAAGGUGGACAGCUGACGGAAGCGGUUCGUCAACGCCCUCACAGCGUCGUUCUGUUCGAUGAAAUCGAGAACGCCCAUCCCAACGUCUUCGCGUAUCUUCUCCAGCUUCUCGACGAAGGUCGCUUGACAGACAUGAGAGGCAUCACAGUGGACUUCACCAACUGCGUCAUCAUUGCCACGUCGAACAUUGGAGCGAAACAUAUUCUCGCUGCCAGCGAAAAAGCUGGAGACGAGGCGUCCGGCAAGGUCACGAUUGGUCACUUUGACAGCGAGCGCCAGCAGCUGGAACAUAUUGCAGACGCGAACGCAGGAGCCCAAGUGGCAGAGGAAGUCAACGGGGACAAGAAAGACUCCACCAGUCCAGCUCAAGAAAAGGCUUUGGCGCGAAAGAAGGUGGCGAACUGGAAGACUCAAGCCAGAGCAGCCGUGCUUGCGGAAGCCGCCCGCGUCUUCAAGCCUCAAGUUCUCAACCGAAUGACUGUUAUCAUCUUCGAUCCCCUUACACCUCAAGAUUUGAAGCGCAUUUUCCGCCUCCAGCAAAAAGGCUUGGCAGAUCUGCUGUCAGAACAACGCAUUGAUCUGGUCGUCGAAGAGGACGCAGUAACUUUCGUCGUCGAGCGCGCGUACAGCCGCCAUUUCGGAGCACGGCGUCUGAAGAGAUUCUUCGACAAGAACAUCACGGGGCGUCUCGCUCCGUGGAUUCUCUCCGGCUGGCUGCGGAGUGGCAUGAUGCUGCGAAUCAUCGUAUCCAAGACUCGGAAGAACAGCCUUGAAGCGCAUAUUUGCGACGUCAACUCCCGGGGCAGAUGCAUCAAGGCGUCCAGACGCGCGCGUCUCCUCUGCACCGUCAAGGUUCCAGACCCCACCAAAGACGCAGAAGAUCCUUUGUAAAAAGAAUGUUUCCAGCUCUUUGCGUCCUCCGUUUCAUCUAAACAAGACUGUGUGGAAGCCACACGUCGAGGUUCCGACCGAAAGACAGGCAGCGCAAAGAAAAACGAGAAGAACGCGGAAGCAGAGGGACAGAGAGAGAGAAAGCGGAGGAGAGGGAGACGGACGAAAACAGCAAGACGAAGAGACAGCGACGGAGAAAGAAGGUGGGGACGAAGGAGAGAGAAGGAGAAAGACGGAACGACAGAGAAAACGAGGGAUACAAAAGGAGAGCGAUAAGAGGAGAGAGAGAGCAGGGGAGACAGAUCAGGAGGGUGAAAACGAGGUGGCGGGAGUGAAAGCGAGAGAAACAAAGGGAGAGAUGGAUCAAGAGAGAUGAGGAGAGAGAGCUAGAAACAGAGAUAACGAGAGGAGAGUCAGCGUCUCACUUUGGAGUUAAGCGAUUUGUUUUUUGGCUCUGCGGUGAGGUGCAUGAAGUGCGAUGCAGCGGAAAAAGCAAAGAAGUCGACACUCGUUUCAUUAGAGUUAUGUUGAUGAGGGGCUCCAGUGAAUCCGCGGAUUCGAGGGAGACGGCGGGCAGACGCGGCGUCGGCGUGUCUCGACAGGGACCAGCGUCUUUCUGCAAAGAGGUCAGAAAGACGGUGGGAACCUCCCAGUGGCUUUUCUGUACAGAACAAACGGGAGUCGGUGAGAGCCUGCAGACGCCCGCCGAUGCAGGUGUACGACAGGGAAUCAGCUGCACUGGACAGGCGAAAGAAAGCCGUCACGAGAGUGGAGACCCAGAGAGACAGAUUCUCCAGAAGCCACGGGGUCUCUCUGCAUCUAAAAACCGCAGCUGCGUUCUUACACCUGACUUCCGGAUCGUUUUUUUUCCGCGGAUACCGCAGACUGAAGAAGCGACAGAGGGACGGAACGAGGGGAACGAAACAGGAAGUCAAGCAGAGACAGAGAGAAGGUCAGACGGGGCUGGGGGAGGACAGAGACAGAGACAGCAUCGCGAAGCGACGCGAGCAGGUGUGGAGGCAUUUGCGCUGGAGAGAAGGCGGGAAGCUUCUAAGGUUUAGAAACGACUUGCGAGUUGGAACAGGUAGAGAAGUUUGCGAAAGUCUUCGUUGCAUUCCUGCCGCUGUGGUGAAACCUGACAGCAGCCGAAUCCGGCGUCUUGUGCCCUCGCGCGGUCCAGGUUUGCCAGUUUGUUGCACCGUCUUGUGAGCCCCAUGUCGGUGUCUUCGUCGAACAAUAGAAUUCGCAGUCUGCAUAGCGUAGGGAAGCACGAGUGUGGUAUGUGUCUUGUCCACUGAGAAGCUCAACUGAACGGGGCGCUUGCGCCUUGUCUCGUGGCAACUUGCCCCGACGAAAAAUUUAAAGGUCGUUCUAGUCGUCUACGCGGGGAUGCUACGCUCGUGGAAGUGAAGGCGCCUGCCUCCGCAACUGACGCCGUCCAUUUUGGUUGUGGAGGAAAUCCAGAAAAGACGGGGACGCGAUCCGGAUCCCAGAGAAAAGCUCGCCAACAUGCGCGGGACUCUCAGGCAGCGCUCGGUGGGCGUCCGAGAGAAAAACUACUCUUUCGGUCGUGCGAGCUAUGCAUGCACGAGGAAACUUGGAUCCGGUAAACAC